CAAAUGCUGUUAAACCAACUAAGAGAAAUCACAGGCAUUCAGGACCCUUCCUUUCUUCAUGAAGCUCUGAAGGCCAGUAAUGGUGACAUCACCCAGGCGGUCAGCCUCCUCACUGAAGAAAGAGUUAAAGAACCCGGGCAAGACACUGUUGCUACGGAACCAUCUGAAGUAGAGGGGAGAGCUGCUAGCAAAGAAGUAUUAGCAAAAGUGAUAGACCUUACUCAUGAUAACAAAGAUGACCUACAGGCUGCCAUUGCUUUGAGUCUGUUGGAGUCCCCCAACAUUCAAGCUGAUGGAAGAGAUCUGAACAGGAUGCGCGAGGCAGCCUCUGCAGAAACUAAACGCUCAAAGAGAAAACGCUGUGAAGUCUGGGGAGAAAAUCCCAAUCCCAACGACUGGAGGAGAGUUGAUGGUUGGCCAGUUGGACUGAAGAAUGUUGGCAAUACAUGUUGGUUUAGUGCUGUUAUUCAGUCUCUCUUCCAACUGCCUGAAUUUCGAAGACUUGUUCUCAGCUAUAGCCUGCCACAGAAUGUGCUUGAAAACUGUCCAAGUCACACGGAAAAGAGAAAUAUCGUGUUUAUGCAAGAGCUUCAGUACUUGUUUGCUCUGAUGAUGGGAUCAAAUCGCAAAUUUGUAGACCCUUCCGCAGCCCUGGAUCUCUUAAAGGGAGCAUUCCGAUCACCUGAGGAACAGCAGCAAGAUGUGAGUGAAUUCACACACAAGCUCCUGGAUUGGCUGGAGGACGCAUUCCAGCUAGCUGUUAACGUUAACAGCAAUCCCAGGAACAAAUCUGAAAACCCAAUGGUGCAGCUAUUCUACGGGACUUUCCUCACUGAAGGGGUUCGUGAAGGAAAGCCCUUUUGUAACAAUGAGACCUUCGGCCAGUAUCCCCUUCAGGUAAAUGGUUAUCGCAACUUAGACGAAUGUUUGGAAGGGGCCAUGGUGGAGGGGGACAUUGACCUGCUUCCUUCCGAUCAUUCGGUGAAGUAUGGACAAGAGCGUUGGUUUACAAAGCUGCCUCCAGUGUUGACCUUUGAGCUCUCAAGAUUUGAGUUCAAUCAGUCGCUCGGUCAGCCAGAGAAAAUUCACAAUAAGCUGGAAUUUCCUCAGAUCAUUUAUAUGGACAGGUACAUGUACAAGAGCAAAGAGCUUAUUCGAAGUAAGAGAGAGUGUAUUCGAAAGUUGAAGGAGGAAAUAAAAGUUCUGCAGCAAAAACUGGAAAGGUACGUGAAGUACGGCUCAGGCCCAGCUCGGUUUCCACUCCCGGACAUGCUGAAAUACGUUAUCGAAUUUGCCAGUACAAAACCUGCCUCAGAAAGCUCCACGUCUCAAAGUGACCACGUGACGUUACCGCUUUCUUCAGUGCACUGCCCAGUUUCUGACCUGGCAUCCAAGGAGAGUACAAGUAAAGAAAGCCCUUCUCAGGAUGUCGAAGGUACCUUUUCUUCUCCUGAAGAUUCUCUACCCAAGUCUAAGGCAAUGAAUAAGCCAUUUACAUCGUCGCGGUCUUCCAUGGAAAUGCCCGCACAGCCGGCUCCUCGAACUGUCACAGAGGAUGAGAUAAACUUUGUUAAGACCUGUCUUCAGAGGUGGAGGAGUGAGAUUGAACAAGAUAUUCAAGAUUUAAAGAAUUGUAUUGCAAGCACUACCCAGACUAUUGAGCAGAUGUAUUGCGACCCACUCCUUCGUCAGGUGCCUUAUCGCUUGCACGCAGUUCUCGUUCAUGAAGGACAAGCCAAUGCUGGACACUACUGGGCCUAUGUCUAUAAUCAACCCCGACAAGUCUGGCUCAAGUACAAUGACAUCUCUGUUACUGAAUCUUCCUGGGAAGAACUUGAAAGAGAUUCUUAUGGGGGCCUGAGAAACGUUAGUGCUUACUGUCUGAUGUACAUUAACGACAAGCUGCCGCACUUCAAUGCAGAGGCGGCCCCAAUUGAAUCAGAUCAGAUGUUGGGAGAAGUGGAUGCCCUGUCUGUUGAACUGAAGCAUUACAUUCAGGAAGAUAACUGGAGGUUUGAGCAGGAGGUCGAGGAGUGGGAAGAAGAACAGUCCUGCAAAAUCCCUCAGAUGGAAUCGUCCAGCAGCUCAGUGUCCCAGGAUUUCUCCACAUCCCCAGAGCCCUCAGUAGCCUCUUCCCAUGGGGUCCGCUGUUUGUCUUCUGAGCACGCUGUGAUCGCAAAGGAGCAGACGGCGCAGGCGAUUGCGAACACAGCACACGCCUAUGAGCGGGGCGGCGUGGAAGCCGCGCUGAACGAGCUUCAGGAAGUUGAGCCCGAGAAGCCCAUGUCCCCGGAAACAAACCCCGCAGGGCAGACAGAGCAGCCCCCAAAGGCUGGUGACACAGAGUCUGCUGCCCAGCCUGACUCUGAGGCCUCUGAAGUCGAGAUUCCCAGUGUGGGAAGGAUUCUGGUUAGAGCGGACGCAGAUGGAUAUGAUGAGGAGGUGAUGCUGAGCCCUGCCAUGCAAGGGGUCAUCCUGGCCAUAGCUAAAGCCCGUCAGACCUUUGACCGAGAUGGGUCUGAAGCAGGGCUUAUUAAGGCAUUCCACGAAGAGUACUCCAGGCUCUACCAGCUGGCCAAGGAGACGCCCACGGCCCACAGCGACCCUCGGCUCCAACACGUGCUUGUCUACUUUUUCCAAAAUGAGGCGCCCAAGAGGGUGGUGGAGCGGACCCUCCUGGAACAGUUUGCAGAUAAAAAUCUCAGCUACGAUGAAAGGUCCAUCAGCAUCAUGAAGGUGGCACAGGCCAAGCUGCAGGAGAUUGGUCCAGAGGACAUGAAUAUGGAAGAGUACAAGAAGUGGCAUGAGGAUUAUAGUUUGUUUCGAAAGGUGUCUGUGUAUCUCCUCACGGGUCUGGAACUCUACCAAAAAGGAAAGUACCAAGAGGCACUCUCCUACCUGGUAUAUGCCUACCAGAGCAAUGCCGCCCUGCUGACCAAGGGGCCCCGCCGGGGGGUGAAGGAAUCCGUCAUCGCUUUGUACCGACGAAAGUGCCUUCUGGAGCUGAAUGCCAAGGCAGCUUCUCUCUUUGAAACAAACGACGACCACUCUGUAACAGAGGGCAUUAAUGUGAUGAAUGAGCUGAUCAUUCCCUGCAUUCACCUUAUCAUUAAUAAUGACAUCUCCAAGGAUGACCUACAUGCCAUUGAGAUCAUGAGAAACCAUUGGUGCUCUUACCUUGGACAAGAUAUUGCGGAAAAUCUACAGCUGUGCUUAGGGGAGUUCCUACCCAGGCUUCUCGAUCCUUCUGCGGAAAUCAUUGUCUUGAAGGAGCCUCCAACUAUUCGACCCAAUUCUCCCUAUGACCUUUGUAGCCGAUUUGCAGCUGUCAUGGAGUCAAUUCAGGGGGUGUCAACUGUGACAGUGAAGUAA